UUUGGCGUUGCAGAUUUCCGCCCUAAUUGUGGAAAUUUGCGAGGGAGGUCUUAAUUGACUGUUUCUUCGCUGUGUCUUACUUUCAAGUCUUGCUUAUCUUGAGGAGUUUUGAGACUCUUCAAACCUUUUGCGAACAGCCUGGAAACAGAGGUGUUGUUCUCCUUUCGGGCUGCUAACGUUCAGGUCUAUUCAUGAAGUUGAGUCUUCAGCUGGAACACUCCGCAACCACAGCCAGGCUCUAGCGAAGGAGGAGUUGAGAUUUGGCUGUCUUCAGCUGGAACACUGCGCAGCCUCAGCCAGGCUCUAGCGAAGGAGUUGAGAUUUUGCUGUCUUCAGCCGGAACACUGCGCAGCCUCAGCCAGGCUCUAGCGAAGGAGUUGAGAUUUUGCUGUCUAAGCUGUGUAUGCGAGGUUCAGUAAAUGUAACGUACGCCAUGCAGUGCGUGCAGUGAGGUGAGGAGCAAUCUCGAAGGAAGUCAUGGAUUGGAGGGGCGUCAUUUUGUUUACUGUCCUUGGUCUAUAUAGCGGCCUUGGUUUCGCCUCAACUGAACCGAAGGAAACAGCGGCUCUUCUAGCACUGAAGAAAACUUUGGGCGAUGGCUCGAAUUUUUUGGCCAACUGGCUGGGCGACGAUCCAUGUGGUGGUCAGUGGACUGGAGUAUACUGCAUUGAAACCGAUUAUCCUAGUAGUUUGGUAGGGAGCAAUGUCUCACACAUAACUGAGGUCCGUCUUCUUCAGCUCAAUCUGAAUGGAUUCCUGGCAGAUGAACUUGGAGAUUUGGUGGCGAUCAAAGUGUUCAAUGUCAUGUGGAACCAACUGACGGGUAGCAUCCCCAACUCCAUCGGGAACUUGAAAAAUCUAAGGCUGCUACUUCUUAGUGGUAAUCAGCUCACCGGAGUGCUUCCACCAGAGCUCGGCACACUACCGAGCCUUCACAGGCUCCAGAUCGAUCAAAAUAGAAUUUCAGGACGUAUACCGGAGACCUUUCUUGAUCGCAACCUACCAAUGAUUCACCACUUGCACAUGAACAACAAUUCCUUGAAUGGUAGCAUUCCUCCCUCUCUAGGAUCGCUUACGAACGUUGCCCAUUUGCUUCUGGAUAACAACGAACUCACCGGCACUCUCCCAGUGGAAUUAGCCAAUGCGCCAAACCUCAUGAUCAUCCAGCUCGACAACAACAGAUUCGACAGUGAUGCUACUAUCCCCCAGGAGUACGGUCAGAUACCCACGUUGCUGAAACUCAGUCUGCGGAACUGCAACUUAAGAGGUACGAUUCCAGACUUCAGCGGCGCACCUCAGCUUGGAUUUUUGGAUUUGAGUCACAAUUUCUUGACUGGGCCAAUUCCCAACACGACUCUGUCACAGAACUUGAGCAGCAUUGAUCUGUCAUUCAACCAAGUAUCUGGAAGGAUAUCUUCGAACAUAGGGAACAUUUCGUCACUGCAGUACUUGGUACUUCGAGACAACAAUCUGAGCGGUGCAGUACCGGGCAAUUUGGGAAGUGGUUCUAUGUUAUCUGAGGGCAACUCGAUCUCCCUCGUGGAUCUCCAGAACAAUGCUUUCGUUGAUUUCGCCAAUGGUUCAAAGCUGGUGUCUCUACAGGGGCAAGGAAAAACGAAAGUCUGGCUAUCCGGCAAUCCUUUCUGCACUGGGUCCAACUCAGCGGAGAACAACCCUUUGUGUGUUCCUAGUGAUGCCGGUGUUCUUCUCGACGUUGGAAAUCUGAACGAGGUAUUCGCAUUCGAUCAGGGUUCCUGCACACCAUGCCCUGCUCCGUAUAUGCUUGCACCUUCGAGCGCUGCCCCAAAUAAGUGUAGGUGUGCAGCACCGAUCACUGUCAAGACCCGGCUGAAGAGUUACAGUUUUGGAGUGUUUGACCCGUACAAGCAGCAGUUUAUAUCGUACAUUGCAGAUGGUCUACAUCUCCGCGUAGACCAAGUGGCUAUCCGAGACCUUGAGUAUGAACCCGGGCCUAGGCUCGCGAUGAGCCUGUUACUCUUUCCCACGGGAUUUAGUUUCAACGCCAGUGAAACUAGAAGGCUGUAUCAGGCUUGGUCUCGGUGGGAGAUACCUUUGGACAAGCUUUUUGGGCCUUAUGAGUUCAUAUCCUUCGCAGUGACCAAUGAACCUCCGAAAAGCGAGUCAGGUGGGUUGUCGAGAGGAGCAGUCGCAGGCAUUGUGAUCGGAGUCCUGGCCUUCGUUGUCUUGAAGACAGCAUGCAUGAUUGUAGUGUUCCGUCGUUGGAUGCGUUGGAAGCAACGUAAGUGGGAUUCAAGAAGUGCUGCAUCCAAGAAAUCUGUGACACGGAGGAGAAGUCAUUCGAGCAUUCAAGUGACGAGCGUGAGAUCAUUCACAUUCGAGGAAAUGGCAAAGGCCACAGAUUACUUUAGCAGUGCCAAACUUGUAGGCGAAGGUGGUUACGGUAAGGUGUAUGCCGGGAUUUUGGACGAUGGCCAAAAGGUGGCAAUAAAGCGUGCCGAAGGUGCAUCAUAUCAGGGUGCGCACGAGUUUGAGAACGAGAUUCUGCUCCUCUCUCGUGUCCAUCACAAGAACCUCGUGUCACUCGUAGGUUACUGCAACGACGGGACCGAGCAGAUGUUGGUGUACGAGUUCAUUGCCUAUGGCAGUCUCCAAUAUCAUCUUUCAGCUCACGCAAAGGUUCCAUUGAACUUCGUAACGCGACUUCAAAUCGCGCUUGGUUCAGCGAGGGGUAUCCACUACCUUCACACUGAAGCUAACCCUCCUAUCUACCACCGGGACGUCAAGACAUCCAACAUCUUACUGGAUGAAAAGUUUCAGGCGAAGGUUGCAGAUUUUGGUCUGUCGAAACUUGCACCCGAAGCUGGUUUCGAGGGUUUAGGUGGCUAUAUUUCUACUGUUGUCAAGGGGACUCCUGGCUACUUAGACCCGGAGUACUUUAAGACCCACAGGUUGACUGAUAAGAGCGAUGUGUACAGUUUCGGAGUCGUUUUGCUAGUUCUUCUCACAGGUAUGCAGCCCAUAUCUGACGGAAAGAAUUUAGUGAGGGAGGUGAACGUUUCGCAUCUCGCGGGUAAGAUGGCGUCUAUUGUUGAUUUUCGCAUCAAGGAUUCAUACCCUGCUGCGGUUUUAGAGUCUCUUGCAAAGUUGGCCCUCUCAUGCUGCCAAGAUAGUCCAGCUGAGAGACCCAGUAUUGGGGAAGUUUUGCGAGAAUUAGAACUCCUCUACAAGGAAACUUACUCGGACGCUACAAGUGAUGUGUCUGAUAGUGAAUCUGUAGGUUACAGUGGAGAGUUGAAGAAACUUAGAAAUAUCUCCGAGUCAGAAUCGUUCAUUGAGAUCAAUCCUUCGGUUUCAUCCUCAGCCAUGUCAUUCGGUCUUUGUUCGUCUAGUGAUCCCGAUUUACGCAGUACUCCGAUGGUAGACAUGGUCCCUAGAUAGUUUGACGCAUGUGCGCCAAAAGUAGGACUAUAGCUGUACAACAAAUUCGAGAAUUUACUAAGAGUUAGCAGUCAUUAAUUUCACUUGUAUUAUAGC